AUGAAUCUCACCUACAACUUCCUUGUCUCCCAGAAGAAUGGCAGCAAGUUGCACUUCAAUGGCUACAAGGUAGUCAACUCGGACGUGGUCUUCAACCCACUGAACCUUUGGAAGGCAACAACAACUCUCUACUGCACCAUUACCGAGGUUGACGAACAGGACCAGUCAAUCCCCAGCAAAGUCCGUGGAAAGGGUGUCAUUCACAUUCGGCCGACUGCUUUCCUCCAAGAGUGCACUACAAUGGAGGCCACGGGUUCAAGCCUUUACGCAAAGGUCACAUCGACCGCCAACUUCCUAGGAUACUUCACUGCCAAGGCAGCUGGCGCAUUUCUCACCCCAUUCAUCCCCCAGAUGUGGCCGUCACUUCCAUUCCACAGCUAUCAGAAUCCAACUCCAUGGUCGAAGGAGUUCACAGUUGAGGCCAACGAUCGGGUCAAGACGAAGUUGUAUAUGUGGGAGCCGCAGGGCAAUCGAGGACAGACAGACGAUGCGCCGAUUCUACUCUUCAUUCCCGGCGCCGCUGUCGACCAUCAAAUCUUUGCCUUACCUACCAUUGAACACAACGCAGUCAACUACUUCCGCGAAGAGGGCUACCGUGUAUACUCGAUGGUUCACCGUGUGGGUAAGACCGUUGUGGCACAACAAAACUGGACCACAUAUGACGCUCGCCGCGAUAUUCACGCAGCGCUCAAGGAGAUCCGCAAAAGACAUUCUAUCAUCGACAAACUUGACGGCUCCGGUCCAAACAAAACCACUUAUGUGGUAGCCCACUGCGCUGGAUCCAUUGCUUUGGCUUCCGGUCUUCUCGAUGGCACCAUCCCUCGCCAAUGGCUUAGCGGUGUCACUGCUUCGCAAGUUUUCAUGAAUCCCAAGUUCGCUAAGGUCAACAAUAUCAAGGCCAGGCUUCCCAUCUCCAUGGCCAACAUCUACAAUUUGAUCCAAGGCAAGUGGUUCGACUGUACCAGUACCCCUCGAGAUGGCUACCUUCAGCAAGCCAUCAAUCAAGUGUUGCGAUUCUAUCCGGUCGGUCACCGCAAUGAGAUCUGCAACUCUGUUGUCUGUCAUCGCAGCUCCCUCGUAUUCGGCCUCCUUUGGUCGCACAAAGGUCUCAACGAGGCGACGCACUCCCAACUGGAAAACUUCGUCGGAGGCACAUCAAUGACCAGUCUGAACCAUCUCAUGUAUCAGGGUACCCACGAGUAUGUAACAGACUCUCAGAACGAGAACCUCGUCACACCCCAGAAUAUUGCUCGACUCAAGGGUCUGCCCAUUUUCUUCUUCUCUGGAACCCAAAACGAAGUUUAUGCCCCCGACAACACGGACACCUCAUUCACCACUCUCACCGAAGCCAACGGCGGAAUAUGCUACGAGAGGCAGGUUUUCAAGGACCGUGGCCAUUUGGAUGCAUGGAUGAGCCCGUCCGCUCACAAGGACGUUUACCCUCGCGUCUUGCAUCACAUUAGGAAAGUCGAAAAUAACAGGUACGAGGUCCUCAAGAAGGCUAUUGGCCAAUCUUGA